GAGCGGAAUAUGCCAAAACACCACUCCCGUGACUCAGCCGUAUCCCCAAAUUAACAAUGCGUGUAUUGGCUCGGCCAUACAACAUAUAAACACUGCCAUUGACACGUGUCCCGACAAAUACACGUCCAUCUCACCACCACCAACCCUCUGCCCCGCCAGCCUACCCCGCCAGCAAGCAAAGCACACCAAUUCACCCUACCAUGGCUACCGACGUUACCGACGAGGACAAGACGUCUAUCACGCCCCUCCUCAAACGUCUCUGGCAUGAGUCACCCACCACCAAGCCAACCGCCGACGAGAUUGCAGCUGCACUCGCCUUGAUCUUUACCAACAGUCUCUCAGAGGUCCAGACAGGCGCAUUAUUAACAUGUCUCCACUUCACAGACCAGGACAGACAGGCCGAAGUGCUGGCAAAGUGCUCGAAGGCCAUGCGUGACUUUUCAACCGAUGUGGAUAUCCAAGGCCUGCAAGAGCUCAUUGCCAAACGGGGAAGGAAAGAAGGGAACUACCACGGCGGCUUGUGUGACAUUGUAGGCACAGGAGGUGACUCACACAACACGUUUAACAUCAGCACUACCUCUUCCAUUCUGGCAAGCUCUCUCCUCAUGAUUGGAAAGCACGGCAACAAAGCGUCUACAUCGCGUUCUGGCUCGGCAGAUCUCCUUUCAUGCACACCACCAAAGGCCCCUAUCAUCACCGCCGUUACCCCAAACACCAUCCAUGAAAUCUACUCACAGACCAACUAUGCCUUUUUGUUCGCCCCCAUCUUCCAUCCUGGUGCCAGGCAUGCCGCUUCUAUUCGGAAGCAGUUGGGCUGGCGAACCAUCUUCAACCUUCUUGGUCCUCUGGCAAACCCCCUACACGAGCUGAUCGAGGCCCGGGUGCUGGGUGUCGCCAGGAAAGAGAUUGGGCCAGAUUUUGCAGAGUCACUCAAGCAAUCAGGGUCCAAGAAGGGCAUGAUUAUCUGCGGCGACGAGGAACUUGACGAGCUAUCGUGUGCUGGACCAACUCACUGCUGGCGCUUAGUUGAGAAUGCAUUAACAGGCGAGGUCGACAUCAACUACUUCACCGUCAGCCCUGCCGACUUUGGGCUUCCUGAGCAUCCCCUCAGCGAGGUUAGCCCGGGUCAGUCCCCAGAACAGAAUGCCACGAUCCUCAUGAAGAUUUUGAACGGCGAGGUCCCGCCUGACGACCCGAUUCUGCAUUUUGUCUACAUCAAUACGGCAGCAUUGUUCGUAGUAAGCGGUAUUUGUGAUGCUGAUACAAGUAACAUGGGCGAGGGUGAUGACGGUAAUGUCAUCAAAGAAGUCGGGCCCGGUGGUGGACGCUGGAAGGAAGGUGUCCGGAGAGCAAAGUGGGCAAUCUCGAGUGGAGCGGCAUACAAGGAGUGGCAAAAGUUUGUUCAAGUUACGAACAGUGUAGCAUAGACUUUUGAAGCGCUCAAUUAUGCAUGUGAAGUUUGAAAAUUCGGAACUGACAUAUACAAUUGGGUGAAGACCUGUUACGAUAAAGUCAGUCAGUGCAGGGUGGAUGUGGUUGUCUGCUCACUUACGACUCGGUAUCCUCCUGGUAAAGUUUUUUGAUACUCUUAUUGGCAUUAAGAUGCUAAGUUCCAGUGAAUAAAUACUACUGCUUGAAUGGUUGCUAUCUGUUUCGCGUCUUGAGUAGCGGAUUAUUGUUUCUUAGAAAAGGAUGGCAGACAGUAUCUCGACCUGCCUGUAUUUGGUAUCAAC